AUGCUGUGGCUAAUCCUGACUCUCUCAUUGGCUUCGGUCAACUGCUUCGAGCCUAAACCCGACAUUGGUGUUCCCUCAGGACUCCUGCCCCACUGUCCCGGCGCAGCAAAGAAUGCAACAAUAGCAGAUUCAUCAAUGCCACUUUUGCAAGUGAUUAUACAACGUUUGACUGAUACAGGCGUUUACAGACGUAGCAUACCAAUCAAAUCGGCAUAUAAAGCUAUAUUAAGCGAUAAGAAAUUUGAUCUCAGCAAGAAGACGGUUUUUUAUGCUGUGGGCUUUUGGGACAGCUCAGUAUUUCCCCACAGCCUGGCCAUGGCUAAUGGUUAUUCUAAGAGAGGCUACAAUGUACUAAUGUCGGAAACAUUUCACUUCCUCACUUAUAUUUAUCCCAAGUCCGUCCGUCUUAGCCGCGUAAUCGGACAACAAUUUGGCAAGUUAUUUGUCAAACUAACCCAGGCAGGCCUUCGUCCUGAGAACUUGGAACUGGUCGGCACCAGCCUCGGCGCCCACAUUGUAAGUCACGCUGCUAAGUACUAUCAAUCUGUGACCGGGAAGAAGCCUUUCAGACUCACUGGCUUGGAUCCUGCUGGGCCGUGCUUCAGGGGUUUACCAGCUGAGGAAAAGGUCACCCCAACUGAUGCGGAACACGUGGACGUAAUUCAUACCAACAUAGAUGGAUUUGGUAUAGCAGAACGUCUAGGGCAUGUGGACUUCUACGCAAACGGAGGAGAGUAUCAACCGGGAGACGUUCCAUAUAUACCAUGUCUGGUUAUAUGUAGUCACAUACGAUCUUUGCUUUAUUGGUGGAUAGCGUUGGACAACCCAAAGAAAUUUAUAGCCAUGAAGUGUGACUCCAUUCAAGAUGCAAGAUCAGCGAAAUGCUACAAUAACACAGAGUUAAAUUAUGCAGGUCUCGAAACAGACUUUGAUAAGCCUGGUAUUUAUUAUUUACCAACCGAUAAUGAGUUCCCAUAUUACAUGGGAAAGAAAGGUCUUAAAGAAGAAAACGAGAUAUAUACAACAGUUAGUAGGAAUAUCAACGCGGAUGAUGAUUUUAUGGCGUAA